AUAAGGAAUUACCGAUGGAUGCAAGGAAUGAUCUUCGCAAUUAAAGAAAUAAAUAACAAUCCAACACUAUUACCAAAUAUAACUUUAGGUUAUGCCAUCUAUGAUACAUGCUAUAAUAGUCCAACGGCAAUAGAAGAUGUGUUUGCCUUGAUAUCUGGACAUCGUAAAUUCACCCCAAAUUACCAAUGCCAAUUAAAUUCCACCUUGGCUGCUGUGGUAGGUGCCUCAACUUCAGCAAUAUCAACUGCAAUGGCAACAGUACUUGGAAUUUAUCGUUACCCUCAGAUAAGUUACUUUUCAUCUAUUCCAAGUCUCAGUGAUAAAGACAAAUUCCCAUCCUUCUUCCGUACUAUGCCAAGUGAUAUAUUUCAGUCCAAGGUCCUUGUCAAUCUGAUCAAACACUUUGGUUGGAAGUGGGUGGGGGUAUUAGCAGAUGACAUUGACUUUGGCGUGCAAGCUGCUGAGAUGUUUAGAAAGGAAGUGGAACGUAUUGGAGCUUGUGUUGCCUUUACUGAGUUAAUUCCAAUUGACAAUUCUAAAGAAAAGUACCAUGAGAUUGUUGACUUCAUAAAAAAAUCAACUGCAAAUGUUAUUGUUGCUUUUUCUUGUGAUGCUAAUAUAGUUCCUUUGCUUGAAGAGAUUGUUAGACAGAAUGUAACAAACAGAACAUGGCUGGCUACUGAAGGUUGGAGUACAUCAGGACCACUUAAUAUUAUUAAGAAAGAACAUACUAAAUACUGGACUGGAACAAUAGGACUUACACUCCCCUUAUGUAAGAUUGAAGGAUUCCAAGAAUUUCUCUUUCAAAAAAAUCCGGUUGUAACCCUUGAUGAUACUUUUAUAUCUGAACUCUGGGAAGAUAUAUUUGGUUGCCAGUGGGCAUAUCAAAUGAAAGAAGAAAACAAACUUAAAUCAAACAAUAGUCAAUUUUUUCUGAAGAAGUUCUGCACUGGGCUGGAAGAUUUGAGGAAAGCCGAUCACUCUUACACGGAUGACAGUAACUUCCGAGUCUUUUGCAAUGUCAACAAUGCUGUUUAUGCUGUUGCUCAUGCCCUACAGGAUUUGCAGUCCUGUAAAAAUGGAAAAGGGCCUUUUGAAAAUGGAACUUGCGCAAAUAUACGUAAUUUUGAACCUUGGCAGCUUCUACAUUACAUGAAAACAGUUCGUUUUAUCGACCGAUCAGGAACCGAAAGAUAUUUUGAUAAAAAUGGUGACUUUUUAGCCAUGUAUGAUAUAAUAAACUGGCAAGUAAAUUCGAAAGGAGUAAUUCAGUAUGUGAAUGUUGGACGGUAUGAUGCUCGAGCAGCUCCAGGACAUGAGCUUACCAUCAGAGAGGAGGAUAUCAUCUGGAAUGGUGGUACAAGGGAGGAGGAGGAAGCAAAGUUUGGUGGUCAGUUGUUUAGUGAACAUGGUAUCAAGGGAGCAAAAGGUGCACCUCAUGAAUGA